GUGGCGAUUGCGAUGGUGGCGAUUCUAGGGUUUUGAUUUCGGAUGGUUGUGAGUUAUUUGGUCUUGAUCUUGGUUCCUUGUUGGUCCUCAUUCGGUUUCUAUUAUGGGUCUUAUCUCAGAUCGCAAAUCUGGGGGUUUGGGUUCAUGAUUCGAUAUGUUCAGGGGAAGAAUAUUUGGAAACUUGGGAUUCUCAGGGUGAUACGAAAAUUGAUUUGUCUGAUCCGGAAAUUUCCAUUAUGGAUUUUGGUGAGCGAGAGCUCAGGUAUGAGCGAUAAAUCAGGUUGGGUUCAGAGGUCUUUGAUUCGAUCUUAUUCCUGGGAAGGGAUUUGGCAAGUCGGAUUCAUAUGGGUUAUAUGGAGCUCUGUCGGUUUGAUUUGGGGUUUUUUUUUAUGGAAACCAUUAUAUGAAAUCUCUGAUUGGGGGAAGCUAACAGAUCGGUUAUAUCUCGAGGGACGAUUUGAUAUUAUACAAAGGGGAAGACGGAUCAUGGGAUGGUAUCUUUGGAAUAAUUAUCAUCAAUUCUUCAUGGAAACCAGAGGGGAAAAUCGUGUUUAUCGGGAUAUGAUGGGUCUCGAAUUGAAAGUGUUGAUUUGGAAGGAAUGUCAAUGGAUACUCUCAGUCGGGUAUAAAAGCCUUUCAUUGGCAAGGAGUUUCUCUCAUCACUCAACUCAGUUUUCUUCUGUUAUAGAAAGCUUUUGUUUUUGCUCUCUUUUCUUCUGGGCUUUUGGUUCUGUUCCGAGUUUGUUCGAGAUGUCUCAGUCCUUGUUGGUGGAUAGAAGUCCUGUUAUGAGUGUUGCGGUUCCACCUGUGACUAAGAGGAAAGUGAAGAUCCCUUUCUUUGACAACACAGCUCUGAUUGAGGGUUAUUCCAAAACGGUGGUGGGAAGGUGUUUUAACCCGCGACGUCAAGACAUGAAGUCUCUCCUACUCAUGUUUCCACGCAUCUGGCAGCUGGAGGGGAAAGUGGUUGGUGCGGACCUGGGGAUGGGCAAGUUCCAGUUUGAUUUUGAUGCGAAAGCGGACAUUGUCAAGGUGUUGAAGAUGGCCCCUUUUCACUUCGACCAUUGGAUGGUCUCAAUGGUUCGAUGGGUACCAAUGGUGGAUCCUAUGUAUCCCUCUGCCUUGACUUUCUGGGUUCGCAUCAUGGGAGUGCCAUUCCAGUUUUGGGCUGAGCCGACUUUCAGGGGGAUAGCUGCGGAUCUGGGGAAUGUAGAGGCUGUCGAUAUAGAUGGUGGUCGAGUUCAGGUCACUAUUAAUGGUCUCAAACCUUUGAGUUUUGAGACUGAAGUGGAGUUCUUCAAUGGAGAGGAAACCACAGUGUCACUUCGAUAUGAGCGGUUAUUCGGGUACUGUCGGCGAUGUUGCAGCCUGUGCCAUGAUGAUGAUCAUUGCCCACUGUUAAAGCCGCCACAGGUCACUACUGCUCCGACUCAACAUUGGGAUGAGCAUGGGGAUGAGCCUGAGGAUCGUCGGGCAAAAAGCUACAAGGGGGCUGUCAUUUCUGAAGGAAGGCAGCGAACUGGGCAAGAGGUUGAUUACAAGGGUGGUUACAAGGGUGGUUACAAAGGCAAGUUCACCGGAGAAGGUUCUUAGGCGGAGGGGAAGCGUCCUUUUGAU